UGAGCCUUUUCAAACGGCAGAUCAGAUGCUUCUCCAUUUUCUCUCCCUAUCGCUCCCAUAGACUCAACACGGACGAACUGAACAUUCUACCAGAAAACCUACUUUAGCUAUUGUCUUUGUCAAAGUUUGGCCCAUCGGCCGCCGUCGCAGCUGAAGUCAGCCAUGGCCGCAGUCGAUACCUCUAAUGUUGCAUCCUUAUCUGAGCAAUACUUACUGAAAGACCAAGAAGAGAAAUCCCCAAUGACCGCAAAACCGGUUGAAGAAACUGAGGUUAAGACCCCUUCAGCUGCUCCAGCUGAAGAAGUUCUUUCCAAAACUGAGGAGGCUCCAGUGGUUGAGAGCAUCAAAACAGCCCCUGCACCUGAGGAAAGCAGUGAAGCUGUAACUGAAUCAGCUGAAGCCUCUCCUCCUGUGGAGGCUUCCAGUGAUGAAAGCAGCGAAAGUACUGAAGAUGAGACCUCAGGAGAUCAGGAGUCUGCUGUUGAAAUUCCUGAGAUUAAGCUUGAGACAGCACCUGCUGACUUCCGCUUUCCUACUACAAAUCAGUCGAGGCACUGCUUUACAAGAUAUGUUGAGUAUCAUCGGUGCACAGCUGCAAAGGGUGAAGGUGCACCUGAGUGUGACAAGUUUGCUAAGUACUACCGAUCCCUUUGCCCUGGUGAAUGGGUUGACAGAUGGAAUGAGCAGAGAGAGAAUGGAACCUUCCCUGGACCAUUAUAAAUUGCAGUACCCAAAUUGUUCUCGUCCUUGCUGCAUCUGAAUUCUCAAAUGAAUUGGGGGCUCCAUUUUUGUUUUUAAUAAAAUUUGGCGUGCUUAUUGGAUCUAGCUCAAGCCUUCAAUGAGUUUGCCUUUACAACAAAGUUAUUUUGGAUCAUCACUUGAGUUAUCCUCUUCCUAAAUACAAUUUUAUGCAUCGAUUUCCUGUAGUUUAUCAGUGAUGAAUCAUCUAGUGGAACCUGUUGACAUUUUUAUAAAUGAUGUGAACUGAUCAUAUUACACAAAUAAUUGCUUAUUUUCCUCUA